CGGAAAAAAAUGCCGAGAAAACAAAACUGAACCCCGCGACCUCGUCGACCAUGCCCAUGGCGACCGCCGUCCUCCUCCGGCUCGCGCCGCUGCCGCUGUCGCUGCGCCCCAGCCCUCGAGCGCUCAGCUCCCCAAGGCCCGCUCUCCUCCUUCCCCUCUGCCGCCACCGCGGCCGCGCCGCGGGCGCCAUCAGGGCCCCCGGCGACGGGCUCGCCCACCAGACCACCGUGUACACGGGCGUGUACGGGCCCUGGUCCGUGGACGACGCGGACGUGCGCGAGGUGCUGCUGUACCGUGCCGGGCUCGUCACCGCCGCGGCCGCCUUCCUGGUCGCCUCCUCGGGGGCGUUCCUGCCGACGGGGAACCCCGCCGGCGACGCCGUCCGACAGGGCGCCGACCUGCUCUACGCCGCUGGGGCCGCGGGGCUCGGGCUGUCCCUCGUGCUGAUACACAUCUACGUCACCCCCAUCAAGCGGUUCCUCCAGGCGCUGUGGGCCGUGGGAGUGCUCGGGUCCGUCGGGACCUACGCCCUCGCCGCGCAGCCGCUCCACGAGGGGCUCGUCCGGUACGUGCUCGAGCACCCGGGCGCCAUGUGGUUCGUCGGGCCCACCUUCGCCGCGCUCACUGGCCUCGUCUUCAAGGAAGGACUCUGCUAUGGAAAAUUGGAGGCUGGUAUCCUGACCUUUGUUAUCCCCAUCCUUCUCCUCGGUCACCUGUCUGGGUUGAUGGACGAUGGAGCAAAAUUGGGCCUCUUGGGAGUGUGGAUGGCACUCUUCACCGUGUUCGCCGCGAGGAAAUUCCAGCAGCCCAUUAAGGACGACAUCGGCGACAAGUCUGUUUUCAUGUUCAACGCACUUCCUGAAGAAGAAAAGAAAGCUCUACUGCAGAAGCUCGAGGCACCAGCCGAGCAGAAGUUAGAAUAGCAGAUAUCGAUCGGGCACAAUGACGAUAGCUACUUGAUGGACCUCCGGAUCAGUGCCUCCAUGAAGACAAAGGAAAAUUUUGCUACUGUGUGCAAACUAAGAGGAACUUGAAUAGCUGUAGUAAGCACAAAGUUGAUUGCUAGUCACGAGCUGGCAGAUGUAUGUAGUGUAACAGAUGUAUAUGGUAGUUCUGGAUGCUACGCCGAUAAAUAGAUGAGAAUGCUGUAAUUGUGAUCUAGCUGCAAAUCUUUUUCUGGUCGUGCAUGACCAACUCUGGGUGUGAAUUUUUAGAAUGAGAGGCUACAGCUUGCAUCUCUCAAACUGGGACACUUUGUUGAAAUAUCACUGCCGCAACACCAUAAAUUUGCAUAUUUUCAGUGAAACAUGGGUUCCCAGUUGUGGCUGUUCCUUA